GCUCCUCCCUGAUCUCCGAAAGCAGUUGCACUGUUUGUAUCCAUUUGAAGGACCUGUCGCUGAACUCUCUCUUUCCACUCCUCCUUGAUCACGGCGUCUGCAGCGUAAAUGCACCCACACACAACAGACACGCGCAUGUGGCACAUGCUUGGCUGGCUCAUCUUCUCUGUCGAUCGUCGUAUACAUACAUUUCUCUACUGUGCACAUGCAUGUGUCUGCUGUGUAUGCCGCUCUCCCUCCCUGUGCACCCUGUGCGUGAGUGGUGCGCACGUACUCGAUCGGGUGAUUGCGGUGAGAACGAUUUGUAGUGGUAUGUCUGCAUAAGGGCAACCUCCAUCUGGUACAGAACUCCCAGCAGAUUCUCGAUCGACGCGAUACGCUGUGUCAUGACGUUGGCUUUACUCGCUCGCCCAGAAAACCAGAUAUCUUGAUAUAACUGCUUCUUCAGUGCCGCCCUCUCUUGCUCCAGCGCCUCAAUCCGUUCCUCAACCUCUGUCAUCUUUCUUUCCAGGAAUUCCGGGGAGGAACGGUCAGCUGCGAGGGAGGGCUGGGCACCAGCAUCGUUCGUCACCUGCACUACCACAACACACAUCCACAACACACCCAGAGAAGGGCAGGUACGCCCUUCUCGAGGACACUGGCUCUCUUCUGCAUGUACCCACCCACCGUGAGUGCAGUCGAGCCACGGAUGUGGCCACACAAAUGCUGGUGGCGGUAAGCAUGGCCGAGGGGAGGCACGAACGCAACGACGGCACCAUUAAUUCCCAGCAGCAGCGACGGAAGAAGAGCGAUAGACGAGACGGACCUUCCUGCUAACGCGCCAACAGCCAGCAUCGUCCUCUGCAGUGUGC